AUGUCCUCGGCAACUCCCCCUUCGAUUAUCCUUCAAAAACCCCAAACCCCUCCCUUCUUCUCCCUCCUCCACCAACCCCUUCCCGCCAUAUCCGCCCACCGGAGCCUCCGUUUCCCUUCGAACACUCGAACAUUUCUCGCGGCCGCCUCCCUCUCCCCGAGCUUCCCCUCCCGCCGCCCGUACGACGCCGUUGCACAGCCGCAGCCAGAGGAGGAGGAGGAGGAGGAGGAGGAGGAGGAGGAGGAAGACGACGAGCCCUCUAUCGGGGACUGCCUGGUCUUCGAAGAUGGCAUUUUCGACGACCCAUUUCUCCAGGACUCCCCGAAAGCCGCCGUCCCCGCCCCCGCCCCCGCCCGAUCCCACAAAUCGAGCCGGAGAGGCCCCGUGAAGGAGUUCGCGCCGCCGGAGAAUUUAGUCCCGGAGGAGUGGGUGGAAGUGCAGAAGGAGAUAAACAUAUCGAAGAAGGAGAGGCGCAAGCUCUCGCAGCAGCUGGAGUACGGGAAAAGGGUGGAGAAGCGGAGGCAGGCCCUCAAGCCUCUGUACUCGGACGAGGAGUACGAGAGGUUCAAGACCGAGAAGCUCCGGCAGCUGAAGCCGCUGGUGCUCGAAAACCCGGAGUUGGAAGCGCCUAAAGGGCCGGAGGAGAAUAACGACAAGGAGCACGAGGGGGAGGUGGCGGAGAGUAGAGUAGCGCCGAGAAACCCUCGUCGGGCUGUGUACGGUGGGGGUUUGGAAGAUGUAUCGGCAGUUUUCAAUAGCGAGAGCUACGAACCUGGCACGGGUGAAAAAUCACAAGGUCCUCGUAAAUUAUUCUCGAAAGAGGAAAAGGCAUUACUGAAUCGGCGGGUUCCUGAUUUAACAGUUGCCACUUCGGGAAAAUGGAACCCCCUUCAUACUCUUGCUACCUGUGGCGAAUUUUACUUGGUGAACUCUUUGUUAAAACACAACCUUGAUAUCAAUACCCUUGACAUGAAUGGAUUGACUCCUGUGCACAGAGCAAUACUUGGCAAAAAGCAGGCUGUUUUUAAUUUUCUUUUGAGAGAAUCAGCAAACCCGUUUGUUCGCGAUAAUGAUGGAGCAACCUUAAUGCACUAUGCUGUUUUUGCGGCUUCAACUCCGAUGAUAAAAGUCCUUUUAUUGUACAAUGUGGACAUAAAUCUUCAAGACAAUGACGGAUGGACACCAUUACAUCUGGCUGUGCAAUCCCGUAGAACAGACGUGAUAAGGCUUUUGCUCAUCAAGGGAGCUGAUAAAUCAAUAAAAAACGGGAAUGGAUGCACUGCCCUAGAUCUUUGUCUUUACUCUGGUAGAGAUGUGAGAACCUAUGAAAUGAUAAAGCUACUAAAACUCCCGCCUAAGAAGUGAUUCGAAAUUAUGCACUCAGCGUUCGGUUAUUUGACUUCGAACUCAUAUCAUGCCUGGUCCUUGUGAGGAUGAUUAUAUGGGAGUGAGCUUAGUUAUAUGGGACUUGGUGAUGCAGUGAGCUUAGUUUAUUAUCAUCAGAUUGAACGAUUCAUAUUUGUAAUUACAUGUCUUGGGACAUUUUUAAAUUAUACUACAAAUCAUGAGUUUGAGAUGAGUAAAGAUGCCGUCAUUGCAUUUGUUUUUAAUCCAUCGUAUCAAUGAUAAACUCGAUCCUACCGCUUGCUCGACAAAUAUAUACAAAUGUUUGAGAUCCGCUUGAAUUUCAUUAGCUCAAGUUUGCUG